GGAGUAUUGCUGGAAUGCGAAUGUUAGAAUUGUUUCCUUAAGGACUGAUCCAAAUCCACUGAAGUCAAUGGAAAAAUCCCCAAUUGAUGGAAGUAGGUUCUGGAUCCAGGCCUAGGAUGCCAGUGGCUGCUUCAGUUGCCUUGGGGCCUGAACUUCUGGGAAACACGUUGGCCUGUUAAAGGACAUGAUUCAGACUGUCCCAGAUCCAGCAGCUCAUAUCAAGGAAGCAUUAUCAGUAGUGAGUGAAGAUCAGUCCUUGUUUGAGUGUGCCUACGGAACGCCACACCUUACUAAGACAGAGAUGACUGCCUCCUCUUCCAGUGAAUAUGGGCAGACGUCAAAGAUGAGUCCGCGUGUCCCCCAGCAAGACUGGUUAUCACAACCCCCCACCAGAGUCACCAUCAAGAUGGAAUGUAACCCAAACCAAGUAAAUGGGUCAAGGAAUUCCCCUGAUGACUGCAGUGUGGCAAAAGGAGGAAAGAUGGUUGGCAGCUCUGACACUGUUGGGAUGAAUUAUGGAAGCUACAUGGAAGAAAAACAUGUUCCACCACCAAACAUGACAACUAAUGAACGAAGAGUUAUUGUUCCAGCAGAUCCUACACUGUGGAGCACAGACCACGUGCGUCAGUGGUUGGAAUGGGCUGUGAAGGAAUAUGGUCUUCCAGACGUUGACAUCUUGUUGUUCCAGAACAUCGAUGGGAAGGAGCUAUGCAAAAUGACCAAAGAUGACUUCCAGAGACUCACCCCCAGCUAUAAUGCAGAUAUCCUCCUCUCACAUCUACACUACCUCAGAGAGACUCCUCUUCCACAUUUGACUUCAGAUGAUGUUGAUAAGGCCUUACAAAACUCUCCACGGUUAAUGCAUGCUAGAAACACAGGAGGUGCAACUUUUAUUUUCCCUAAUACUUCAGUUUACCCUGAAGCAACACAAAGAAUAACAACCAGGCCAGAUUUGCCUUAUGAUCAAGCCAGAAGAUCAGCAUGGACAACUCACAGUCAUUCUGCUCCUCAGUCUAAAGCUACACAGCCAUCAUCAGCAGCAGUGUCCAAAACAGAAGACCAGCGUCCUCAGUUAGAUCCCUACCAGAUUCUUGGACCAACCAGUAGCCGUCUGGCAAAUCCAGGGAGUGGACAAAUCCAGCUGUGGCAGUUUCUACUGGAGCUCCUGUCAGAUAGCUCUAAUUCCAACUGCAUCACCUGGGAGGGCACCAAUGGUGAGUUCAAGAUGACUGACCCUGAUGAAGUAGCCCGGCGCUGGGGAGAGAGGAAAAGCAAGCCUAACAUGAACUAUGACAAGCUCAGUCGUGCACUCCGUUACUACUAUGACAAAAAUAUUAUGACUAAAGUCCAUGGUAAGCGUUAUGCCUACAAGUUUGACUUCCAUGGAAUUGCUCAGGCUCUCCAGCCACAUCCCCCAGAAUCAUCUAUGUACAAGUAUCCAUCAGACCUACCCUACAUGAGCUCCUAUCACGCACAUCCCCAGAAGAUGAACUUUGUAGCUCCCCAUCCUCCAGCUUUACCUGUAACUUCCUCCAGCUUUUUUCCUGCCCCCAAUCCAUACUGGAAUUCACCGACUGGAAGUAUCUACCCUAAUACUAGGCUUCCAGCUACGCAUAUGCCUUCUCACCUUGGCACCUAUUACUAAAUGGAAAAAAGAGAGAGAGACAUGCACUUCUCCCAUCAAGGAAUAUAGUCCCCAAAGAAUUAUCAAGAACUCUACUGGAGAACAUGAAUUAAAAGUGCCUAAAGAGACAUGAAAAGUUUGACUGGGAAAAAAAGAUGUCAAAAAGACUUUGUGUCGUAGGGAUUGAAAGAAAGUUUUCAAGAAGUAUAAAGAUGCUAAAAUGUAAUGUUAUAUGGCAUCGGGUAUACGGACCAAAAAACACAAGACUGUUGUAGGUAAAAACAUGAAAUGAUAUGGAGAACCUACAGGAGAAAGUGGUCUUAAAAUGUUGAUAAGCUUUUGUAUAAAGUUUGAUAUCUUGCUAAUGCAAACUGGGACUAUAAUACAGCAAUAUAAGGAUAACUCUAUAGUGACCUAACAUACAGUAUAUGAAUUCAUUUAAAAAUAACAAAAAAACUACCUGUAUUUAAAAGAUAGAAACAUAUCAAAAAAAGACUGGGCUAGUAUGGAGGCUGAUUUGGAAUAUGAUGGCAUUCUUUCAAUUAAAAUCAAAAUACAUUCCAUUUAUUGGGGAAGUAUCAGCUAUUUCAAACUGUGAAGCCAACCCAAGCUUUAAGAUUCCUUGACAGUAUUACAGGAACCCUGAGCCAAACAUAGGAAUUAAGAAUGUGCUGAAGGGCAAGUGUAUGGUUGUAGACCAAGGGCCUGCAUAUGAUAUAGGAAGUAGAAGGAAAGAGAAGGAAGAGGAAGUUGAUGGGAAUAGGAGAAAAAAUGCUUCUUUCCUGGUAGAUACUCAAGAGACUGAAAACACAGUGGUGCUUGGUGGACUAAGAAGAAUUACUUGUUUGGACAAGAAACAUUCUGAUCAAUAUCAUGCCAUUCCCAGUAUUACAGAAGGAAAAGACUUGAUUUAAAAAAAAUAGUAAAAAAGGAAGAAGCAGUAGAAUUCAGAAAUCAGAACAUGCAUCUCUUUUUUAAAAAUUCAAAACUGGAAUUGUUUGAUAUUUAAAGGUAACCUGUAGGACCUCAUCAGUAUUAAGGGAGUUUGUUUUCUAAUGUUGUAAGAGACAAACCCAGACUGCCAAAAUCAGAAAUCACUUAAGUAUUUUUGUUAGGCGGGCGCCAGUUUUUCUUUUUUGAGUCGCAAACGCUGUGCGUUUGUCAGAAUGAAGUAUACAAGUCAAUGUUAUUUUUUUCCUUUUUAUAUAAUAAUUAUAUAACUUAUGCAUUUAUACACUACGAGUUGAUCUCGGCCAACCAAAGACACAAGAAGGGACAAUCAAAAAUAUUGUGGCCUUGAAUUUUAACUCUGUAUGCUUAAUGUUUACAUUAUGAACGUAUUAGUACUUAGAAUGCAGAAUGUAUGUAAUAAAAUAAGCUUGGCCUAGCAUGGCAAUCCAGAUCCACACUGUAGUCUGCAUUUGCGUUUUUAGUGACUAAGAUGUCUGUUAGACCAUCUUCCUGCGUGUUAAGAUACUUUACAAUGUUUGGGUUUUAAGUAUUUUUUUUUAUUUGUGAAUUUUGGGAAACAGAAAAAUAAGGGACAGGUAGCACGGGGUAGAGUUGGGCUUAAUAUGGACAAGUCCUGUUAAUCUUGUCCCACACACUUACAUUCUGCCCUGCUACCUCUGUCCUGAGUGUUAUGUUCUUUGAUUAAGUGUGAAAAUGAAACAGAAUUGGGGAAUAGCAAUCCAAAAUUUCCUUUUCAUUGUAUCAGAUAAUAUGACAAAUCACAGCCCAAAUCAUACUACUAUGCUAAAAAGUUUGUUGAAACCCCACUCUCUUUGCUUUUAACAUAUACUGUACCAUUUUUGAUAAAUAAAAUGAAUACUGAGUAACUGCCAUUAUUCUUCCCUUUAAAACUGAGUGAAUGAUAGCUUCUUCACUUGUCAUGAAAAUCGCUCUCUAACGCGUAUCCUGAGCAGAACAUUCUCUUUGUGUUCCAAAUACAGACUGUUCCUGCACUGUAUGCUAGCCCCAGGCCCACUUAUUUUAUUUAAUGGCAUAACUUCAUUUUCUUCAUCAGCUGAGUAGCUGGCUUAGAGAUUUAAAUUUGACAUUUAUGAGUAGCUGUUCACAGCAGGCACUGUUUACUGUGGAAAAUCUAAUCAAUCCAGACUUCAGAUUAUGUCCCCUUUUUGGUUCCUCAUCUGCCCUUCUUAAAUUAAAAUGGGUGAGGUGGAUUUUAAUGCAAGCAUUGAAUAGCCAUGAUGUAUUUUGUUCACCCUUGCAAAGCAACAAAUACUUAGCUAACAGACUUGAAUGUUAUGGGUGUUUUGCAAUAGUCUAUAAAUGUAGGAUUAUAUUACUAAUAUUUAAGGCAUUGGGUAUAAAUCAAAUUGCAAGUAACAGCCUCAUCAGUCAUACAAUUGUCACUUGGAAUAGAACCAUUGUGAAGAAAAUGGUUUGAAAAAUAAAAGCUAACUGAAAGGUUACAAAAACUAGGCGAUUGGGAAAGGUUAGUCAUUUGCUGUUUUAGUGUGUCAAGCCAGUUACACCUAUAUUCUGAAUAUGAGAAUAAUAGUUUACUUUUCUAUGGAAACACAUUUCUACAAAUGUCUGUUAAUUGCAUCAUGUUCACACUACAGAAAAUAAAAUACAAGGUAAGUUUAUUAUUGAACCACCUUUAAUUAAACAUCUUAAAAAUCCAAAUGAAACAGAGGUCUUUAUUUAGAUUGGCUUGGGUGUAUCUGAUGGCCAUGCCAAAGUACCUCAGACAAUCACCGUGCUGCCCAGAGUUCCUAACUCUCUCUCAGCUUCUGUCACCUGCAAGAGGAACAACAUGUUCCAACAUCAAAUACUUCCAUCUUGAUUCCUACAGAAGUUAGUCAUGUUGAACCUGAAACUGAUGUUGGCACUACCUCUUAGAGAUUGAGAGAAUGAUCCUGGCACGUGCAUUGCCAACAGAUAUUGUCAGCAUAACUGAUGAGAGAAAGAUUGCUGCAAUGUAGAUCUGUGCCAUCCAGUGUAAGACUA